CCUUCGUAAACAGCAAGACUUUGAUGAUUUGUUGAAAAGCGAAAUCCAUGACAACACGAUCUAAUACAGCGUUUACAAACGACCAAAUGAAAGAUGCGCUAAGAUUAGCCAAAGGCCUGUUUGAGUCCAAAGUGCUGGUUAAGCGACCUCCCACCACUGCUCAGAGGGCAACCUACAACACCAGUCGGCCUCAAAGCGUACCAAAGUCAUCAUCACAUCGGACCAAGAAACUAAAGCCGAACAAGUCUGAAAACCAGCUGGUCAAUCCAGUUUGGCGACCUUUCAGUCAGGAUAAAUCAUUAAGUCAGGCUCGAAAAGAGAUCAUUUAUGGCAAGAGACCCUUGAUAAGGAAUGUUGACAAAGAAGAUCAUGGAAUCAAUGACACAAAACCCAGGUUGCCAAGAGGUAUUGAUUCAAUGGAACCCUGGAUGACUGACGAGAAUCUUGAAUCAUGGACUGGUAUUCCUGCAAAUGAAAACUGUUUUGUAAUGUUACCAAGUGGAUUUGCAGCUGAUGUCAAUUGUCUGCCACCUCCACAGAGCCCUACAGACACCUUGUUGGAAAGAUCAGUUCAGGAAAUUAAGGCAUAUGUUCCACCAAAAAUUCUCCACAAUUAUAACUACCUGGAAAACGAAGAUCAAUCCUUUCAGUGUCAACAUGGCCAGAAGCAACAGGGUAAACUUGAGUCCAGAGAAAACAUGAAAAGAUUAGAAACAAGUGAGAUUAUAAUGCAAGAAAUUGAAGAGCUUGAGCAACUGCUCCAAGGGUAUGGUAAUCCAAACAGUUCUUCCAUUGUCAACCUUUAUCAACAUGAAAUUACAACCCUUAAAGAGAUGGUAGUCACAACAUUACGGGACUAUACCUUGUAUGUGAUAUUAUCCUCUUAUACUGUGCCAUUCUUUAAUAUUCCUUGAUCAGUUCUUGAAUGAUUGC